AUGGACAUGCAAGUUGGCUGCACUCUUUUACCGAAGACGGACGAGAUUGUUUCGGUCUCCUUGCGGUCCGAGAUCUUGAUCACCAAUCAAUCUGCAGACAAACCAAAGCUAGUUCUUAGAGGCCAUUCAAAGCAGAUUGUGGGCAUGGCUGCCGUUGCGAACAAGUUGUACUCGGCCGACUACUCAGGGCUUAUGGUCGCCUGGGACAAUGACGUUGGACCUUCCGAUCUUCAUUUCAAUGGGAAGGGUCCUGCUAACGCUGUUUGUGCCUUGGAUGCCAACGACAAGAUUGUUGCCAACGUCGGUCAGGAUGGAAAGAUUUUCAUUACCCCAACUUCAACUCUAACUUUCGACAAACCUCUUACCGUUAAGGGUGGUGGAGUUGGUAUCACUGUACCCCGUUCGUCUUCCGCCCCAUUCUCCGCAGUCAUGAUCAACGAAACUCGUAUGGUGGCUGUCGACCCCCAGGGCAAGUCUAUUGCUGCUGAGCUCAAGCUUGAGAACAGCCACACCGGUUGUUGUGUAGCAGUCACAUCGGAUGGUUCAUUGAUUGCUGUGGGAAUUGAGAUUUCUGGCGGCUCUGGCGAAUUGCAAUUUUUCACAUUCAAUCGUUCUUCUUUCUCCCCUGCUGGAGAGGCCAUCCGCAUGCCCUCGCCCCCCAACCGGAUUGCGUUUUCUCCCGACAAGGAGUUUAUUGCUGUUGGCGAAAAAUCCCGUCGCGUUAAGAUAUACAAUGCCACGACUCGCGCAUCUGUCACUGGGGGUGGUAACGUGCAUACUGCCCGGGUGGAUGCUAUCUGCUUCUCUCAGGACGGUAAGAGAAUAGCGUCUGGAGGUUUGGACGGCUCCGUUGCCGUGUGGCCGGUCAACUCUGAGGACGAACCGGCUAAGCUGAAGACCGCGCAUCGCAAUGGCGUCACUGGAAUUGCAUUUUCCUCUGCAGGAUGCAUAGUAACAGCGGGUGGUGAUUCAUGCCUACGGUCUUGGACGUUGUGAGAAGUCAAUCACGACUAUCGCGAUGUUUCAUCGCGGACUUUAGACAAAUUAACAGAUCACAAGGCUGCGUGGCUACUUCAACAACAUAGAAGCAUUGCUUACGUCUCGCUUCACAAUGCGCUCGGCAAGCUCAGACGACAAUACUCCUGGAAAAUCACAUCGCAUCCCGCCUUAAUCACUUACUAGUGUAGCAACAAGACCUGAGUGCGCAAUUGCCCCUUCGCAAAACUGUCCAAAGCUAUUCGAAUCGAAAACGAAAUCGAGAACGCCUGAGAGGCUUACAGUCUCAGAGGCAUUUGUGUAGUGACAUGAGGCCUCACCUGGAGGGCAGUGUCAUCAAUAGGUUCUAGUAAACACCACUGCAUAACUUCUUCAUGCU